CUACUUUCACCUGGAGUGUCAUGGCUCGCCAUCGCGGACCAACCAUCUUGCAUGGGUCUACGGGUCAUGGAGCAGCUACGAGCUUAAACUCGUUAGCAUCUGGAUCAGCAGAACGUCAAGUAGCCAACCAAACGAUCUCCAUCCGCCAACCUUCUUUAGCAGCUACUGUCAAGCCGGUUAAGAAGCUUAGGCUAAAUCGACAGCCGAUGGCAGGAGCUGCCAAGUCUGCUCUGCGGCUCGAGGGCGGCAGCGGUGGUCGACCAAUGUUUGAAACUGAAGGCGCGAAGAUGACCAAGACUGAGGUUCUAGAGCUGAGACGAGCCCUCGCCGUCAUCAACAGGAAGGAGACCGACAAGGACUCCAAGCCAAAACCCAUCAAAUGGGUUGUGUAGCAGACUAGCACUGCCUUGAUAGGUAGCUCGAAUGGUAGCUUGAAAGCUGUGACAUCGGGCGACAUAGAUGUCCUGCAAUCAAGCUGUAGCAGAGGUGCCGUAAGGCCCUGGUUAAACGUAUGAAAGCAUGUUGAUCCUGCAUCUGCAGUGGCUUUUCCCGCCCAGUAUGAUGCGGCCUAACAACGUCUAAACUUA